UUUUGAGGCAAGAAAAAUCCACAUACAGCCCCCCCCAAGCCCCCCAAAUCUUCCAACUUGAGGGUGAGACCAACAGAGUGAUAGCAGAGCACACACUGAAUAAAAAUUCAUCCAGAUCCCAUUGCAUCUUUACUAUUUAUAUUGAGUCUGAAGGACAGGUGCUGAAAGAAGCCACCUACAUCAACAAGUCUCUGUCGUUCCUUGAGCAAAUCGUCAUUGCCCUGGCUGAUCCUAAGAGGGACCACAUCCCCUUCCGGCAGAGCAAGCUCACUCACGUUCUCAAGGACUCUCUAGGGGGAAACUGCAAUACUGUCCUAGUGGCAAAUAUCUGUGGGGAAGCGGUGCAUGUGGAAGAGACUUUGUCUUCUCUUCGUUUUGCUACCAGAAUGAAAUGGAUCACAACAGAGCCAGUCGUCAAUGAGACAUAUGACCGAGAGGGGACAGUGAAGGCUUUGGAGAAGGAGAUUAUUCUUCUGAAGCAGGAACUGGCCAUGCAUGACAGCUUGGUAAAUCGUUCUUGGGUGACUUAUGACCCUCUGACUGACAUCCAGAUAGCAGAGAUUAAGUCUCAAGUCUGUAAAUACCUAAAGGGAGCCAUCAAUGAAAUUGAUAUAGUGAACAUCAGGCAAGUCCAGGAGGUGUUUAAGCAAUUCAAACUGAUUGUAAGUCAACAGGAGCGUGAAGUGGAGGCCAGAUUACGACGGAGAUACGCUCUGGUAGACAAAAAUGACUUUGCUGCUGUUGCUGCUGUUCAGAAGGCAAGUGUGGUUGAUGCGGAUGGCCAUUUGGGGCAGGAAGAGGAUGGACGGGAUGUGGGGACUAGAACUGCUCCUUUUUCAUCCAGACGUGGUAGGAAGAAGAAAUCCAGGAAAAGCAAUGAGCAGCCCAAGAAGGAAGGAAUGCGGAGCUCUUUUUCUGGGAGAGAUCUGGGUGGUUUUUUACCAUCAAAAACUCAGAUAAUAACUUCCACCAAGGAUCUGGAUGUGAAAGAGGGAGCAAGGAACCAGGAUACGGCAAAUAUUGAUGCAGAGCUCUCAAAGCCAGCUCCUGUGGAGGAUUCCCAGCGGCCCAGCUCCCCUCCAUCCAAGCCAGCGGCGUUUGAGCAGUUUAAGGAGGAGUGCGGAAGUGAGAUCAGCCGGAUCUUUAAAGAGAACAAAAGCAUCCUCCUUGCCAGGAAGAAGAAAAGCAGUACAGUAGCGCAGAGGAUCAACUUCAUCAAGCACGAGAUGGAGGGCAUCAAAAAGGCUCUGGAGGCUCAGAAGCAGGAGCGGUGGCAGCAGGGAGAGUAUGUUGAUGAGAAAGGACAGAUCAUAAUUGACGAGGAGGAGUUUUUACUCAUCAUGAAGCUGAAAGACCUGAAGGAAGAGUACAGGUCUGGCUACGCUGAACUGCAGGACCUGAAGGCAGAAAUCCAGUACUGCCAGCAUCUGGUGGACCAGUGCCGGAAUAAACUCAUCUCAGAGUUUGAGAUCUGGUACAGCGAGUCCUUCCUUAUCCCCAAGGAUGUGCAGGAAGCUCUGAAGCCUGGUGGCAACAUCAGACCUGGAAUGAUUCCCAUAAACAGAGUCAUGUGCCUGGAGGAAGACGAGCAGGAGAGGUUUGAGCGGAUGCAGGAGACAACGCUGCCAGCCAGCCCCGCUUCAGCUUCGUUCUACAAGGCGAAAAUGAAGAGCGAUCAAAAGCACACGUACACCAGAGCCAUGUCGUCCCUCGAGCAAAUGCGCAAGAAACCCGGGCUCAUCACAGCUGCCAGGAAGAAUAAACCCCCAAAGGCACGUGGGGUAGCAGAUUCGGGUUCAGCCUGGAACCUGGCAUUCACUAAGCAACGCCACCUCCGAAAGUGCCUCGCGUUCGUGUCCAUGAUAGAUUUAUCAAAAAUAAACAAAUAUGUGACUGUCAACAACGUCCGAGUCCUGGAAGUCUUAAAACUCCAUUUUCUGUAA